UCGAAGAGUUGGAGCGGGGGAGAGAGAGAGAGAGACGGAUGGAGAGGAACCGGAAGGGAGGGACGGCGCCGACCGGGUGCUUCAAGUGCGGGAGGCCGGGGCACUGGUCUCGAGACUGCCCUUCCUCCUCGGGGAACCCUAACCCUAGCUCUGGCCUCAACAAGGCUACUGCCUUCUCCUCCAGAUCCUCUCAGCAGCCGCCUCCCGAGAAGCCCUCUGCCGCUGCAGCGACCAGCGCCAAGAAGGCCCCGAGGACGAGGCCCAAGCUCACUCCGGAUCUCUUGCUCUCGGACGAUGGCCUCGGCUACGUCCUCCGCCAUUUCCCUCGUGCCUUCAAGUACCAUGGGCGCGGCCAUGAGGUGGCUGAUCUUGGUAACUUGAUUGGUCUGUAUGCACAAUGGCACUCGCAUUUGAUCCCUUACUACUCCUUUGAUCAGUUUGUACACAAGGUCGAGCAAGUUGGUGCCAGCAAGCGAGUCAGGAGAUGCAUCUCAGAAUUGAAUGAGAGAGUUGCCAGAGGUGGGGACCCCACAAAGCUGCAUGAACCCCCUGUUGAACAAGUUGCUCCAGAAACAGAACAAGAUGAUACUGUCGUUGAAGAUCCAGUUGCUGAUGCAGUAGAUCCAUUUUUAGAGAGUCAUGAAGCCGAUCACAUUCAAGAGAUGUUUGAAGAGAUUUUCCACAAAGCUACUGAAGAACCAUGUGAGUCCUUGCAGCAGGAACAGACGCAUGCCUCAGAAGUAAACCGUCAGCUAUGUUCGACAAAGGAACCAGUGUCACAAAAUCAAGAAGCAGCUAGUUGUGUCUCCACGCCAAGCAAAAGUCGGAUUACAGAAGAGCAAAGGGCACGAAUGGAAGCGAACCGCUUGAGAGCACUGGAAAGAGCUGCAGCUCGGUCUCGUUCAGCAGCAUCUUGAAUAUUUCAUCCUUUUAAUAAAUCCAAAUCUCUCAGUUGAGAACCACAAUGAUCAUUCCACCAUGAUUGUGGGUCCAGAAACAACCUACAUCAAGAGGCUGUGAAGUCUUGAUUUGAAAUCAUAUAUGUGCAAAAAAAAAAAAAAA